AACACACAAAAUCAUCGCAAACAACGGUUUAAAUUAUAAUUGCAACAAAUAUACGCAAUGACUGAUGCGGAUCCAAUGAAUUGUAUGGGGACUUGGAUUGUGGUGUUCGCGGCGUUUUUGCACCUGGCAACAUUUUCGCAUGCAAGCCAAGCACUCACGUUCACGCUGGAGCCGCAGGAUUCUGUGGUGCCCGAGGGCCACUCGGUGUUGCUGCAGUGCGUCGGCAAAGCCUUUGUCAAGGGCAAGACAACGCUGACGGCGCCGCCGACAAGUAUUCGCUGGCGCGGACCCGAUGGCCAGGAUUUGGGCGUUGUAGGGGAUACUUUUCGUACACAGCUGAAGAACGGCUCCCUGUACAUUAGCUCCGUGGAGGAGAAUCGCGGCUUGACUGGCGCCUAUCAGUGUCUACUGACUGCCGAGGGCAUCGGCAGCGUGCUCAGCCGUCCAGCCCUGGUGGCGAUCGCCCGCCAGCCGGAACUAAAUCAGGACUUCAUUGAGACGUAUCUACUGCCCGGUCAGACAGCCUAUUUCAGGUGCAUGGUGGGCGAGUAUGUGUGGCAGCCGGGAGUGAAGCAUACGGUGCAGUGGUACAAGGAUGAUAUGCCACUGCCGGUGGACAAGUUGCGGAUGGUGGUGCUGCCAAAUGGCGCACUCGAGAUUGACGAGGUCAGUGCCAGCGAUCGAGGUGCCUAUCAGUGCAACGUGACCUCGGGCAGUGUCUACAAGCUGAGCAGCAAAACCAAUCUGAACCUCAAGAAACCCUUGGAGGCGGGCACGGACCAUGCAGUGGCACCGUCAUUCCUUGUUGGCCCCUCCCCGAAAACGGUCAGCGAGGGCGAAACUGUUACCCUGGACUGUGUGGCGAAUGGUGUGCCCAAGCCGCAAAUCAAGUGGUUGCGCAACGGCGAGGAACUGGAUCUAAAUCAUCUCGAUUCACGUUUCUCCAUCACCGGCACCGGUUCUCUGCAGAUCUCUGGCGCCGAGGACAUCGAUUCGGGCAACUAUCAGUGUCGGGCCAGCAACACCGUUGACUCUCUGGACGCACAGGCCACCGUGCAGGUGCAGGUGCCGCCCAAGUUCAUUCAGGCGCCACGCGACAAGACCGCAUCGGAGAAGGAGGUGCUCAAUCUGGAGUGUGCCAUCCAUGGCAAGCCCAAGCCCACGAUACGCUGGCUCAAGAACGGCGAUGUCAUCACGCCCAACGAGUACAUGCAGUUCGUCAACGGACACAAUCUGCGCAUCCGUGGACUGCUCUACUCCGACGCCGGCAUGUUCCAGUGCGUCGGCACCAAUCCCGCCGGCAGCGUUCAGGCCUCAGCGCGUCUGCGUGUCGUGGCCCCAGGAGCCAAAACCAAACAACGCAAAACUCAAGGCCAGACCACCAAAUCCUUGCAUAGUCCAGACAUCAACUACAACUAUAAUAACAACAAUAAACGACGACGACCGUACAACUCGGGUGAGCUGCGCACCAAAUCCGGUGGCAGCGACUACUAUGACAACUAUGGGGAGGACAGGUCCGAGGAGACCGUCCGUCGCAAUUUACGCAAAUUUGCACGACCCGUCGAGCAGCCAUUAAAUGAUCGCAUCUUUGAGCCGAUUGAGAUCAGUGCACUGCGACGCCAGAGCAAUGACGAGAAUGACAACGAUGACGAUGACGAAGACGCAGACAAUGACUAUAACGAUGACGAUGAAGAUGUGAGCGCCUCCUGGCCGCAGAGGCACAAGAACAAAGCCCAACUACAGCAACAGCAACAAAUGUCCCCAAAAUCCAAUUUUGCCUUAACAGAUUCAACAGCCGGCGAGGACAUCUCCACCAGUGAUGUGAAGCCCUUAAGCAGUGGUCUCCUGGCCCGCCUGCCUGGUGCACCACGCAGCCUAGUCGCGCAGAUUGUGAAGCCGCGUUUCGUGACGCUCAGCUGGCAGGAGCCGCAGCAGAAUGCCAACGAGGUCGUCUCCUACACCGUCUACUAUCGCAUGAACAACAGCGAACGCGAGCAAAAGAUUGUGACCAAAUCACACGAGGAUCAACAGGUCAGCAUACAAUCGCUGUUGCCAGGCAGAACCUAUCAGUUCCGUGUUGUAGCCAACACCAACUUUGGCAUGGGUGAAUCCUCCCUACCACUGGAGGCGAGCACACAGCCCGAGGUGAACAUUGCCGGGCCGCCGCGCAAUGUGGACGCCUAUGCCCGUAAUCACAAGGAGAUCUUCGUGCACUGGCAACCGCCCACGGUGACAAAUGGCGAGAUACUCAAGUAUCGUGUCUACUACUCCGAGAACGAUAGCGGUGCAGAUCUGUACAAUGACAGCAUGUCGCUGGAGCUGGUGCUCACGGAGCUGCGUCCCUUCACAGACUAUGUGAUCAGCGUGGUGCCCUUCAAUCACAACGGCAUGGGUGAUCCGUCCGCCGAGCUGAAGGUUAAAACCUAUUCCUCAACGCCCUCAGAGCCGCCCAACAAUGUCACACUGGAGGUGACCAGCUCAAGCUCCAUUACUGUGCACUGGGAGCCGCCAGCGGAGGAGGAUUGCAAUGGUCAGAUAACCGGCUAUAAGAUACGCUAUCGCAAGUAUAAGGAUGCGCCGCAAGCAAAGAGUACCCCGGCGAACAUACGCUACUUUGAGUUGAACACACUGGAUCGCAACGCCGAGUAUCAGGUGAAGAUUGCUGCAAUGACUGUGAACGGAUCGGGGCCAUUUACCGAAUGGUAUCGUGCGAAUACACUGGAGAAUGAUCUGGAUGAGACGCAGGUGCCGGGCAAGCCCGUCUGGAUAAAUAUACAUCCUGGUGCCGAUAAUAUCGGACUGCACUGGGGGCCACCGCAGCAGCCGGAGAUCAAGAUACGCAACUAUGUUUUGGGCUGGGGUCGGGGCAUACCCGAUGAGAACACCAUCGAGCUGAAGGAAACGGAACGCUACCAUGUGCUCAAGAAUCUCGAAUCCAAUAUGGAGUAUGUCGUCUCGCUGCGAGCACGCAAUGUCAAAGGCGAUGGCCCACCCAUCUAUGAUAACAUUAAGACGCGCGACGAUGAACCGCUGGAUGUACCAGUGCCGCUGGAGGUGCCCGUCGGCCUGCGCGCCAUUACCAUGUCGAGCUCGUCGAUUGUCGUCUACUGGAUCGACACGAUGCUCAAUAAGAACCAGCAUGUGACCGACAAUCGUCACUACACCAUCAGCUAUGGCAUCACUGGCUCCAAUCGGUAUCGCUACCACAACACCAGCGAUCUAAACUACAUGAUCAACGAUCUCCGUCCGAACACGCAAUACGAGUUUGCCGUCAAGGUCGUGAAGGGUCGACGCGAAUCCGCCUGGUCCAUGUCCGUCCUGAACAGCACCUAUCAGAAUGUGCCAGUGACGCCACCGCGGGAGCUCAGCGUCCGCCUCGACGAACAGAAUCCGCACAAUGUCAUCGUACAGUGGCUGCAACCAAAGCAUACAGUGGGUCAGAUCACUGGCUAUAAUAUUUACUAUACGACAGACACGACGAAACGGGAUCGGGACUGGUCCAUUGAGGCGUUCGCCGGCGAGGAGACAAUGCUGAUGUUGCCCAACCUGAAACCCUACACUACCUACUACUUUAAGGUGCAGGCACGCACCACCAAGGGCAGCAGCAAUGCCCCCUUCUCCGCCCUGGUGGCAUUCACGACCAGCGCCGCAGUCAUCAUGCAGGAGGCGGACACCAUCGCCCACGGCAUUGAUAAUCAAAAUCUAUUGUACCUCAUCGUCGGUGGAACGAUUCUCGUUCUCCUCAUAUUGUUGUUGGUUCUACUGCUGGUCUGUCGCCGGAAGCCGCAAUCCUCCCCAGAGCACACCAAGAAGAGCUACCAGAAGAACAAUGUGGGUGUACCCAAGCCACCGGAUCUAUGGAUACAUCACGAUCAAAUGGAACUGAAGAACAUUGACAAGAGUCUGCACAGUGCGACGCCUGUUUGCAGCGAUAAUGCCUCCAGCAGCGGCGCCUUGACGCUGCCACGCUCCGUGGUGCACAGCAGCGAGUACGAGGUGGAGACUCCGGUGCCGGCGCAUGUGACCAACUCGCUGGACAAGCGCGCCUACCCAGCCAAUUAUAUGACAGCUACGUCAAUGAACUCGACCAUGGAGCGACCGCAGUAUCCGCGCACCCAGUACAAUCAUCAGAAUCGCUCCCACAUGACCAUGGAGACGGGUCUCUCCCAGCAGAGUCUCACACAGCCGCAAAACAAUUCGCUGGCCCAGACACCAGAGCACCCAUACGGUGGCUACGAUGCCAACUUCUGCAAUGCUGGCUACACGAGCGGCACAGCGGGCGGAGGUGGGGCUGCUGGCAAUGGCUGUGUUUCCACCAUUGAGAGCAAUAAGCGCGGACAUCCGCUUAAAAGUUUUAGUGUGCCUGGUCCGCCGCCCACAGGCGUAACCACGCCCAUCAACAAGCACACUCCUGCUGUCACAAUACGUCCACAAAAUCAAUCGCCCUAUAAGAAGCCCUCGUUCUCGGCUGCCACACCCAAUCGCUUGCAGGGCGGCAGCUCUGUGGCGCAUUCCACCGAUGAGAUACAAAGACUGGCGCCCAGCACAUCCACCGAGGAAUUGAACCAAGAGAUGGCCAAUCUGGAGGGCCUAAUGAAGGAUCUGAGCGCCAUAACGGCCAACGAGUUUGAGUGUUAACACUGCAGCAGGCCAAAAGUAUUAGCUGGAUUCAAACAAUGUUCGCAAUGUUAAUUGUUUAUUUUAUUUUAGUUUCAUGUUUAGUUUCUUGGUUUGGUAAUCAAAUUUUGAUUUAAUUUUUUUGUUUCUAGUGAGUGCCAUGUGCGAAAUAUGUAAAUAGAAGCGACGCCAUAUAAAUAUAUAUAGAUAUAUCUAAUUAGCACUUAGCAUAGUUAAUUGUAAUGCAUAAUGUGCGAAAGGACUCUCUAUCUCUCACAGUCAGUGGCAUAUUUAUGGAACCUACUCUUAAGCAAAUACCAUAUUUAACAUUCAACUAUACAUUAAACAAACACAGACAACACAAUGCAUGCAUCAUCGGAGCCAUCUUACAAGCAUCUAAGCUAAGUCUCAUCAAAUAUAUGUCAAGUCUUCAAAACAUUAUUAUAAUAACUAAACAAUCAAAACAAAACAUUCGAAUUAUGUAGCAUUCGUUUAGUUUUGAGUUUUAAGACGUGCCAUUUCUUGACUUUCAUUCAUUCAUUUUAAUUUGUUACAACUCCUAAAUACUUAAGCUUACAAUACGACGAACAUUCUAGACUGUAAUCCCUUAGUAAAGCCAGCAGAGCAUUUAAUAUUUAACUACUAUACGAGUAUGCAUAUAUGUAAUGUUAUCUAUAAGAAAUCCGACUUCAUUUUUUGUAUCGUAUUUUGAUGUGUUCAAAAUUCAAUGUCUAAAAGCAUGUGUUUUCAUUUUGUAUUUUAUUGUCAGGCAAUUGAACGAAAUUUUCAUGAAAUUUGAUCAUAUUGCUAUGCACAAUAUUCUCUCAAUUCAACUCAAUUCAAUUCAAAUCCAAAAACUUAAUGCACUAAAAUGUAUUUGUUUUAUUUGCCACCAAAUUUUGUGAGCAAGUUGUGAGAUUUGCAUAAUAAAAAUGAAAUUGUAUAAAAAAUCAA